GCGGCAUCAUGGCGGCUGUCAUCUGACUCGAAAGUUUUGACGUGACAAACUUUUUCAACUGAUAUGUCUUUCACAUUUCUGACAGCCGGUUCCAGAGCACUCCAUCUGCAGCCUUUCGACCCAGCACCGGACGGCAGAUAAAACAACACGAACAACGACCUUCAGGAUGUAAAAGUUUACGACUGUUAACCGGCGCAGAGACGCAGCGCUGAUAGCUAACGGUUGCUAAGCUAACUACUUUCAACAAGUUAGCCCGCUGCUGAACUCACUGUGGACUUCAAAUGUCGUAACGGACAACAGACCGAAUAUAACUCGUCAAAGUGCCUGUUUCUGGGUUUGUGCAGUCAGUCUUCCAAAUCAAAAUGUGUCGCUUUCUACGCUACUGUGUCAGCCACUGCCUUCACGCAGCCAUGACACGGCUGGAGGAGGUCAACGGGGAUGUGAGCAUGUGGUCGUCUGUCCGGUGGCUGGGCUACCUGUCCAGUCUGAACCUGCUCAUCGCCCUCUGUCUGGGUCUGUAUGCCCGGUGGGAGAGGACCGCAGAAUCCACUCUUCUGGUCAUUUUUGUUCUGGCCCUGUUUGUCCUCGGAAUAGCCAGCAUAUUGUACUACUACUUCAGCAUGGAGAGGAUGAGCCUCAGCCUCCUGCACCUGUGGUUCGGCUUUCUGCUGGGUCUACUCUGUUUUCUCAACAAUCCUGCCCUGGAGAGCGACGUCAAGGAGCAGGCGGCCAACUACCUGCUGCUGGCCAGUGUGGCUCUGAGGACGCUGUGGGCGCUGCUGGAACGGCUGUUCGGAUGUACCCGGUACCGUCCCGCCUUCCUCACCUCGGCGGAACGGCUGGAGCUGGCGGGCUUCGCCACCGCCAGCACGGCGCUGCUCAUCCAGAAGUCCCUGAGCGUGAUGGUGCUGGUGGUGUCGCUGGGUACGGUGAUGGUGGCCCUCAGGAUGAAGGCCCUGCUGGCUCUCCCCAACCUGGUCUGCUUCGCUGUCAUCACCGCCGUGCUGUUCUUUAAGUCCCUGAACAUCACCACCAACCCGUUCGCCCUCGCCUGCUUCUUCAGCCAGCUCAUCUGCGACCCCCUGCUGGACGUCUACUUCAGCGGACUCUCCGUGACCGAGCGCUGGCAGCCUUUCCUGGUGUGGAGGGGCAUCUGGCGCCGCCUGUCCCUCCUGCCUCUGCUGGUGGUCGAGGUGAUCUUCAUCGUCCUGGCUGCUCGGAAGCUCACAGACCUGGACCAGUGGUACGUGAUGAUCCCAGGCUUUGUGGUGUGUGGGCUCUUCUGGGCCAUCUGCCACAUGGUGUUUGUCAUUACUGUGUGGGGCUUCCACACCAAACUCAGCGACUGCCAGAGGUUGUGCUUGUCCCAGGGGUCAGAGGACAACAGCCUGGACAAGGUGAUGGCCUCAAAGGGAAUGAGACAUUUCUGUCUCAUCUCUGAACGCCUGGUGCUCUUCACGCUGGUGUCAACUGUUGCUGUGGCAGCUUUUUGUUGGCAGGCCUCCAGCAGUAUUUUUGUGAGCAUGUUCCUGCUCAUUCUGCCUCUGGAGUCUCUUUUCCAAGGACUCUUCCAUGAGCUCGGGAGCAGCCUGGGAGGAACCUGUGUGGGCUAUGCAGUGGUCAUCCCCACCAACUACUGCAGUCCUGAUGGUCAGCCUAUGCUGCUGCCUCCAGGCCAGGUGCAUGAGCUGAACAGGCGCUCUACAGGUAUGUUGAGCAACGUGCAACGUUUCUUCGCCCACCACCUGAUUGAGACUUUUGGAUGCGACUACUCCACCAGCGGGGUGACUCUAGAGGCUCUGCAGGCCAAGAUGAAAUCCUUCUUGGAGCUCCGCACAGCAGACGGUCCUCGCCACGACACCUACGUGAUCUUCUACAGCGGCCACACACACCGGACAGGAGAGUGGGCGCUAGCAGGAGGAGACACUCUUCGUCUGGAUCAGAUCUUGGACUGGUGGAGGGAGAAAAAUGGCAGCUUCUGUUCGCGCCUCAUCGUGGUGCUCGACUGUGACAACUCGUUGCCGUGGGUGAAGGAGAUCAGGAAGGUGGAGGGCCUGUAUGUGGCAGUGCAGGGAGCAACGCUGGCCAGAGUGACGGAUGUUGAGCUGCAGGACCCUCCACAGCUCGGAGACUUCACCUGUCAGUGGGUGGAGUAUAACUGUAACUCAAACAGCGACAUCCAAUGGUCAGAGAGGGGCAGGGCGGUUUCUGCCAACUAUGGCAUCUCCAAACACUGGAGCGACUACACGCUGCAUCUGCCGACAGGAAGUGAUGUGACCAAUCACUGGAGCAUGUACUUUCCACGGAUGACCUACCCGGUGGUCCAGCUGGCGCUGUGGUGCGGCAGUCUGAACCUGCUGUGGAUCUGUGGCGUCUGUCUGCGAUGUUUGAGGAGAGUCAAACUCAACUGGUUCCCACCAGCCAUACUGGACACUGGGCAAGGCUUUAAACUGGUCAGAUCAUAGAAAUAUAGGCAAAGGCUAUUUGUUUUUUUUGUUUGUUUUUUUGUAGAUUGUAUUUCACCAGAAUAUUUUCUUAAAGUGAGUAAGUUUUUUUGUUUGUUUUUUUUUUUACCCUGAAAACAGGCAGCUAUUGGAUCAUCAACUCCUUGUUAACCAGCAUCCUGUUAAGUUACUUAAAAAAUAAUCAGUUACUAAUGGAGCCAUUUAGAAAUUUUGUCUUUAAAGCACCAUUUUUUAUAUUCUUUGAAAGUAGUUAUGUUGAUGUGUUCUAUUUGACUUGGAGAUCUUAUUGUCUAACAUCCCUGACAGACACAUACAUGCCAACUUGUGGGAUCAGACUGAGCACACUGACACUAUUUUGCACAUUAGAUCUGAUUCCACCUUGAAUUUACAUACAUUCACACGGUGCCUUUUAACCUUAAAAUCACGAAACAUCAAGCUAGCUUGAUUGAUCUUUCGAAGCUUAAACCAAAGUGGCCGAGGUACAUUUUUAGACCAAGAUCUCAGACAUAAACUCUAUUUUAAACAGUCGGUUUGUAGAGCACCAGCUUUUAUAUUCUUGUUUUGAUGAAAUGAUUCCUCUUACAUGCUUCGGCACUCCUUUAUGUAUUUUACACUCGUAGAUUCUUUCUGCUCCAAUGCACUGCUUUGUGUCUGUUGUAACAAUGCUUUCUAAUGCUUCAGGGGUGAACUUUGAAUCCACUCCAGCUGCUUCAGGGAAAAAAGAGAGUUUUAACUGUACUGAUGAAUGCACUACAAGCAGAUGUGUAUGAGGACUGCAGUAUUUAUCUCAUGAAUGAGUGAACCGCAGGAAUUAAAUGCAUCUCACAAUGAGAUUAAUUUUCCUCCUGGGGUUUAUUACCAUUUACUGCUCUAUGCAAGUUUAUUCUCAUCAGUUUACUGUGUUUGCAAAGGGAUAUGUGGUAAGAAAACUAAGUGGAAGGUGGAUGGAACUAUGCAAUAAACGAGAAGUGGAACUUGA